AUGACCUACCCAACUCUCCCCCGCUCAGAGUCCGCCUCUUCCGCCGACCCAGAACCCAGAACCCCGGAGCUCACAUCCCACGCCCCGCCCCCCGCGGCCGGUGGCAACGACACCAAAGACCCCGAACUGCGUUGCAAGUGGGCAGACUGCUCCCACGAAGCCGAGUCGCCAGAUCUCCUGUACGACCAUCUCUGCAACCAGCAUGUCGGCAGGAAGAGCACCAAUAAUCUGUGCUUGACUUGUGGCUGGGCGGGUUGCGGCGUCAAGUGUGUUAAGCGUGACCACAUUACAAGUCACUUGCGAGUGCAUACACCACUCAAGCCGCAUCCAUGUGCGGUCUGUGGCAAGACGUUCAAGCGGCCGCAAGACUUGAAAAAGCACGAACGUAUCCAUACCACCGAGCACCACCAACUCCACAAGCUCUCCAAGGCGCCGACGACGACAGACCCCGCCUUCAACUCGCGCCUCUCCCUGUCUUCCACCACUAGACCCGACCGUCCCCGCUCCCCGCUGUCCCACUCGCUCUCCCCAAAGAGCAGCUCCUCGUCCCACAGCAUGCACUCGUCCUCCCCCUUUGAACACCUGCUCGCCCCGCAAUUCCCGCACGACAAGUCGGUGUCGCCCACUCCUAGCGCUUUGGCUUUAUUGCACAAGAAGCAGCAUGAGGAGCUUGCGGCGUAUCAGCAAAAGGAAAUGUUGGUGCUCCAGCAGCUGGCUUUCAAUCAGCGACAAAGUCAGACGUAUGCCGCGCAGCUGGCGGCGGAACAGUUUGGAGGGACCAAGGGGGUCAAGAGGGGGCAGGAGGACGGGCUGGAGGGACUGCUUGCGGAUAUGAAGAAGAGAAAGGUCGAACCGGUUUACAACCAGGAUAUGAUCCAGCGUCUCAACGCCCUCGUACCUCCUUCUAUGCCGAGUAAUUUCCCGGCCAUGCCCAACAUGGGCUACAACCAAUUCAACAACAACAGCUUCAACCAAUUCGGCUCUUACCCCUCUCUACCCGCUCUCAACAACAACAUGUAUUCCAACAUGACCCCCCAGCCGACAUACAACCUCCCUCCUUUCCCCGUUCCCCAGAUCAAAACAGAAGCCGACCUGGCCAUGUUUAACGAAUUCAUGAUCUCUCUGGGCCGAGACACCUCUACCUCGAACAAUGCGCAGACUCAGCCGAUGGCGCCCUCUGGUUCUGGCAGCGGUACGUCUUCGGGCUCCGACUCGCGCACACCGGGCUUUGCUGGAAGCAGUUCUGGCUCACCUCUCUCGGACCAAGGUGGGGUUGAAGAUUUGUUCAACCCUGAAGAACUCGCCUCCCUCGGCCUGGCUGGUAUGCCCGGUAUCCCCAUGGGUUCUUCGCACAAUUCACCUACCGAUGUUCAUGGGCUGUCUCAAAGUCCGUCUGACAGAGAGUCCCCUGCGAACGUCUCGUUUGGCGGGCUCUAUCCCAGCUUGGAUACUGUCAGGGGCAGGACGCAUUCCGCGCCGGACGUGUCGAUCGACCAUACCAGGCGGCCUAUCGCCAACCUGCCCCGAAACUCUGUCGCUGGUACUGGCCAAGGUACUGGCCAACAACAAAAGCCAUACAUGUCCAACAUUUACAACGCAUACUCUCAGAACCAAGAGUACAUCAACUUCAACGACAUGUCUCUUCCCCACCCCCAGUCCCAUGGGAACCAGCCGGCAGGCCACGAUUACGCCUCUUUCGACUCACUCGCGCGCUCCAAGAAUGCUUUCCCCACUGCUACCCUCGCCCCCAAGGACUUUUAUAAAAAGACCUACAUGCACGUCGAGCCGCUCGGUACCGCAGUCUCUCACAGAGCCCGGGAGAGCGCCGAGAGGACGGAUAUGGGUGACGAAGACGAAGACGAAGGGGAUGACGCAGUGUACCCUGACAUUGAUGAAGAAGGCAGCGAUACGCCCAAGAUCCCCGUUCGCGCAUUCAUCAUCCCCUCUUCCACCUCCCCCACCAUCUCCGAGGCAGACCUCAAACUGCCCGCCAUCUCGCCCUCCCACGUCGAACCGGGCCAAGACCUCCCGCCUCUCGAGUCCAUCUCGCACUACCGCCAGCAUGGCAGCGUUUCCUCUGCUUCGUCUGGGACUGCUUCCGAAUUGGGCACGCCGAGGGGCCAGAGCCCGAGAAAGGAAGUACCGACAAAGAGGCAUACGGAGGAUGAGAUUGUGCGCGGGGUGAAGCGGUUAGAGCUUGGGCCGGAUGCGCCUGCCGAAUCGUCUUCGAGCGAGUCUACCCCUGCACCGGUUUCGUCGAGAUCGACUGUAUCGCCCCCGCCGGCUGGUUUGACAGUGUCGGAUCAGCAAGAGUUGAGGAGGAAGCAUGCGGAUUUGAUCAAGAGCUGGUUGGUGGCGGUUAACAUGGAGUGGCGGAGGAAGCAGAUGGAGGCGGAGUUUGAGGAGAGGAGGAGUACGAUUUUGGGGAGUGUGGAGGAGAAUGCUCGGGAGGAGGUCGUUGCUGCCUAA